AUGGAUCUAGGGGACUCUCUCGGCCCCGACGGCCUGCCCGACAACAAGCCUCGAGCCCUCCCCUCCGACCUCCCCACGUCCCUCGACGACAGGCGACAUGUGCCAAACGAGCAUCUCGUCACCGAGACCGAGAUGUACGAUGGCUGGCAAGGCCAGUCCCAGUUCCUCACCACGCCAGCCCUGGCGAAACCCCUCAACUUUGGAAACCUGUCGCUCAACGACCCCGACUACGACGACAAUGUCACAAAGGGGCCCAAGGAUAGCGACACGCGACUCAUGGAGAUGCUGGCCGCUCAGGCCGCCCACCACUCUGGUUCGGGGUUUGAAGACGAGGAUGAGAUUGUGAAUGACGAAAAGCUACCAGACUCUGAGAAGAAGGAGAAGCUCCAAAAAGCCCUCAACAUGGCUGCCAGCAACGGUGAUGUCGAGAGGAUCGGGAAGCUAUUGAAUGGCAAGGCAAAGGAGUAUAUCGAUAUAAACGCCGAGGACGAAGACGGAACACCGCCGCUCAUCUAUGCGAGCUGCUUUGGCCACGAACCCGUAGUGCAGGCACUGAUCGAGGCGGGCGCCGACGUCAACAAGCAGGAUCGUAAUCAAUGGACAGCUCUCAUGUGGGCCAUGACAAACCGACACAAGGGCAUCGCGAAACUCCUCCUCGACAACAAUGCCUCCUCAGAUCAAAAGACGUCAUCCGGUCGAACAGCAUUCGACUUUGUCCCCCCAGACAGCGAGAUGUCGUAUUACCUCCACGACAAUGGCUACAAUAUCGGAAGCGCUGGCGUCACAGAUGACUUUUACAGCCCCGGCUUUACACAGGAUCGGUUCGAGGAGGAGAUGGCCGAGAAUGAGAUGCGAAGGCGGCUGAUGAUGGAGAGUGCCCGAGACCUCGAAGUUGAUCUGGGAAAUGUGGGCAUGGAUGAUCAGCCCGAGCCGGUAGAUGAAUUCGAGGAGGAACAGCAGGAGUUUGAUUGGAACCGCUGCCUCCAUGACCAAAUGUUCGUCUUCCAGGAGCACGAACUCGACCGGAUACUCGAUAUAAUCAUCACCAAGAUGACGCCUCAGAGAUCGCCGUCGCAAAAACCUGUUCCGGCAAACAUGAUCUUCCUGAGCGCCCGAUAUGCCCAUUACCAUUCGAGUCGGGAGCUGCUUGAACGACUCCUCGUCUCAGCCAUGGACUAUAUCAAUGACGUCGUUGAGAGGUGUCAGUGGGAUAUGACCAUUCUGGCAUUCUGGAUCUCUAACGCUACCCUCCUGCUUCAUUACCUCAAAAAGGAUGCUGGCCUCUUCCAUGCGACGGCCGAGUUCCAAGCCCAGCUCGCUGAGCUCAUCAACGAGAUCUUCAUUCUCAUCGUGCGAGAUGCUGAGAGGCGUCUGGACAAGGUAUUGGACGUGGCCAUGUUGGAUCAUGAAACCAUUCCUGGAUUUGAGGACAUCACAUUCCAGAACGAGUGGAAGCUGUUCAAGCGAAAGGCUCAGGUCAAGGAAGAGCCCAUCGAGAAGCGUUUCCGGCCUCCCUCGCCCAAGCAGCGGGCGAAGCCAGCUCCCAGAAACGUCACUUCUCUACUCUCAUCGACUCUCUUUGUGCUCGACCUUUAUGACAUCCACUCGGUCAUCUCGGCUCAAAUCAUCUCGCAAUUGCUCUAUUGGAUCGGGGCAGAGCUUUUCAACCGCAUCAUGUCGAACCGCAAGUAUCUGGCCAGAACAAAAGCCAUGCAGAUCCGCAUGAAUAUUUCAAUAUUGGAGGAUUGGGCACGGACAAAUAACAGGCAAGCAGACCACUACGAGGGAAGCGACAUGCGUUCGUCUGGAGAGACCACCAUUGACGCGGCCCGGAGACACCUGGCACCUGUGAUCCAACUGCUGCAGUGGCUCCAGUGCUUCUCGUCGCUCGACGCCGAUGACCUGGAGGCGCUGGUGGGUACACUCCAGCAGCUCAAGCGGCUCAGUCCACAACAGCUCAUCCAUGCAGCCAAUCACUACAGGCCAGAGGUGGGCGAAAAGGGGCUGCCCAAGAGCGCCAUGAAGUAUCUCAUCGCCAUCCAAAAGGAGGCAGCACUUAAGCGAGAGCGGCGACGCAGUGGAAUGGCGUCACCGCAGCGGUCGGGUCAGGACAGCAGCCCGGUGACACCCGUCAAGAAUCGGUCAAACGGAAAUCAUCUCGAGACUCCUGGGAGCGCUGCGAGCCCUCCCGAGGACGAAUGGUCCGACGACGACGACGCGCCCGAGCACUUGCUUCUGGAUCCUGCCCUGAUGUUGCCCUUUACGCUGCCCUCAGUGACCGACAUGCUCGUGACAUAUGGCGCUGGAUUUGGAGGAGUGAACCGUGAGCGGGAGCGCAAGUACAUUCCAACGGUGCCGCCCGAGUUCCUGGAAAAGCUGGAGGUGAGCGGGGGUACUCGCAAGGGACCCAUGUUUGGAGAAGCGGACUGGGAGAAUGAGGAAGUCUGA